AUGGUACAAGAAACCAAAGCUCAAGCCAUAGCAAGCAAGGCCAAAGGAGGAAGAAAGGGCAAGGCAAUGCAACUGCAUGUUGCUGAUAACGAGGCCACCAAUGAGUCAGACACUGAGGCAAUUGAUGACAAUGCUGAUGAAGAAACUGACUCUGACUUGGACCACAACAAUGAUGGCAAGCAAUACAACUUUUGUACCCUAGUGAAGCUACUUGAGCCAGUUCCAAAACUCACAUCACACAACUACUAUAGUUGGAGCACCCAUAUCAAGUCCUUCCUACAAUGUGUCCCCCAUGCUAUGAAGCAUCUCGAUGGAGUGUAUGACAAGAAACAUCCCAAGUGGAACUGCACAUUUGAUGAUGCCUUAACAAAUGCACUAUGCAGUACCAUUGAUACCACUGGAGAGUUCAACAUAAAUUACUUGAUUCUUGACAUCAUCAGGGAACAUCAUACAUUCCAUAAUGUAUGGAAGAAGAUUGAAAAUGGACUCACCAAUGAGGCUACCACCAUAUCUCAUUGUAUUGCAUUGAUUGCUCAGCUAGGAGAACUCAGGAUGUACAACUCAGACAUACGAAAGCUCAUCCAAGAAAUAAGAACCAUCCAAAUGGAGAGCAGCUUACUGGGAAAGCCAUUUGCUGAUGACACCCUGUUUUCUAAUCUACAAAAGUGCACCAUCCAACACCCAAUGUACAAAGAAACUGUUGCUACUGUAAGCCAACUUAGUUUCAGUGCCCUCGCCACUGCCCUAUCCAUCCAGCAAUUGGUGAUCGAGAACAACCCCACUUCAAGGGUUGAUCCCCAUCAAGCUAGUGCCAGAGUCACUGGCAGCAACAAUCAGGAUGAGACACCUGGAGAGGAUGAGAAGGAUGAAAAGGAUGCCGACAGCACCAGUGCCAAGGUUGCUGCCAGACCCUGA